AUGCACCUACAACUCGGAGAGGUUGCUGCUGUUGUCAUUUCCUCGCCAGAGGCAGCCAAAGAGGUGAUGAAAACCCAUGACCUUAUCUUCGCAAGCAGGCCAGAAAUACUUGCAUUCAAAAUCUUCUCAUACAAUUUUACGAAUAUGGCCUUUGCUCCCUAUGGUAAUUACUGGAGACAACUGCAAAAAAUUUGCAUAUUGGAGCUCUUAAGUGCAAAACGUAUCCAAUCAUAUGAAUCAAUAAGAGAGGAGGAGGUAUGGAAUCUCAUUGAAUCAAUAUCAUCAUCCCAAGGACUUCCCAUCAAUCUCAGUAGGAAGAUCUUCUCAUUGACCAAUACCAUAACUUCCACGGCAGCAUUUGGUAUUAAGUGCAAAGAUCAAGAUGAAUUCAUUACAACAAUUCAGGAGGCAGUUAAGCUGUCUGGAGGUUUUGAUCUCCCUGAUGUAUCCCCUUCACUCAAGUUUCUUCAUUCGAUCAAUCGAGUGAAGCCUGCACUGGAGAAAAUGCACCAAAAAAUAGACAAGAUUCUUGACAAUAUCAUCGACGAUCACACAUCAAGGAAAGCCAUGAUUAUCAGCAGUGAUAAAUCAAGGAAGGAAGAUCUACUUGAUGUGCUUCUGAACCGACAACCUCAAAUCUGUCAAGCAAGGAAAGCCUUGAGUUUCCUUUCACAACCGACAACCUCAAAUCUUUCAUUCUGGUAUGUCUAG